GUAUCCACAAGGGCGAGGGUUCAAUCCCUGGCCUCACGUAGUGGGUUAAUUCCUGUGAAUUCCUGUGUAGGUCAUGGUCGUGGUUCAGUUCCAGCGUGGCUUUAGCAUAGGCCGGCAGCUGUAGCGCCUAUUCACCCCCUAGCCUCGCCACUUCCAUAUGCCACAGGUGCCGCCCUUUAAAAAAAAAGAGGGGGGGUGCUUUUCCAUCUGGUGUCCUCCUAUAGGGUCCCCAGGUAUCCCCAUGUUUAGUCUGCUUGUUGGCGUAGCUUCCAGGCUAUGCAGUUCCUAAGACCAAUGACCAUGUUUUCAUGACCUUCACCUUCCGGCAAUGUGUGUGGUCUGAUUACGGAAUAGUGAUUUCACUGCGCUAAGCGUGGCAGACGGUCCAGAACCUAAGGGGCCGUGAGGGACGCCCCAUCUAAGAGCUAGGGCAUCUUUUAAUUAUCUGCGAGUGGGGAGAACAGAAGACAGGACUCUUGGGACCUUCUGUCUUUGUGACUUCCUCGCUUUGUGACUUUGUAGCUGGACUCCGUAACAAAUCUGGUUGCUGGCCCAUUUUCACAGGACGUCCAGCUGCUUGACCUUCGUACUAAAUGCCCAGUGUCUUCUGGGUGGUAGCUUGUGUGAGGUCUUGCUCUGCCCAUGCUGACAGGUCUCGCUGCUCUUUCCUGUUUCCUCGUGUUGGCAUGGAAGAGAGUGGAGGGGCGCCUGGAGGGGCCCCAGGAGGAACACGGCGACACGUGUGAGCAGCAGGGUGACCCAGUGAGUGCUGCAGAGUGAAGGGGUGUGUCACACUCCAGGACAAGGAUGUCUCAGUUCUGUCUGGCGCAUUCAGGGUGGGUUGAUGGUCAUGAUGAUGGGCUUUGCGUGAUGGGAGGUGCCGUGGUGUCUGUUCAUGCUCCAGCGGACUGAGACUGAGGCGUCCAUGCAUCGGUGUCAUUGGUUAUUUCACAGUCACACCUGGGGAAGGAUGGCGGCAGUGGAUUUAGAAAGAACCAAAACAUGUUCAUCCAGUGUCCCUGGAAGUAUGGCCUGAGCCGAGGCCGUGGGAGGUCUGGACGCAGGAGGGUGGGCUUCCUGUCCGGAGGGAAUGGGUAGAGCCUGGCCCGCGGCUUCCCCAUGUUACCCACUGACAUGGUUGGGGUUUUUGGAGGGCUCGAAUCAUGUGCAGCUCUUAGAGUAACACAGAGAAAGUUGUAGGCAUCAUUUUGUGGCUUACCUUUGGUAUUUUUUUUUUAGCAUUGUGGGUUGCAGCUGAAUAUUUCAGACCCACUAGGAAAGACGUAAAAGAAAAUGUUGAGUGUUUUCUUGGACGAUGCUGGGGUCCCAAUGGAGCGUGAGCGUCACUGAAGACAUGUCUCUCUUCUUAGUGGUUUCUGGAGUUGACCGUGUUCAGGCUGUGUGCAAAUGAACAUAUGCCGUUUUGUGUCUAGUGGAUCCUUUGUUGCCUUCUUAAUUUUUGUCUUGUGCUUGAGUUAUUAGUGUUUGAAAUGCUUUCUGUUAUUGUAUGUGGGAUGAGGGAAUGACUAAGGGGUGUCUAGAGAGUUUGUUGAGAACCCAUGAGAAUUUUGAUUAGGAAGGGGCACGUGGGCAGAAAGGAGCAGAAUGAGGGAACCAGGAGAACUGGCUCGACAGGCUCAGCUUUUAUGGGAAUGGGGUCAGUUUCCAGGUCAUCCCUGCAUCCCAGUCAUCCUGCUCGGCCCGGACAGGGUCUGGCUCAGAGCCCUUCCUGGUGGUGCUCACAGCUCUCGGCCGAGAUGGAGCCCAGUGCCAAGAAUCCUGGGAGGUCGGUCCUCUCCUCCCUCUGGCGGGCCCCUCCUCAAUGCUCCUGGUUAGGCUUCAGGGCGGCACCUAUUCCUCACCAGGGCCUCCCGUUAGGAGUCAGCUCAUGCAGGCGGCUCUCACUGUGCCUGGCCAGGGUGGGCGGUUCCAGUCAGUGGUCCCCUGACAAAAUGAGCGGAUGAUGGAAAGACUUUUAUGUACAAAUUUGUAUGUGUCUCUUCCACAUGGUGCGGUCUCCGCUCUGUGUGUGGUUGUGGCACAGGAAGGAGGCGUGUGGAUCCUACACUUUAGGAACCUUCUCACCUUUCAAGAUUGACUUCGAAGCCUCAUGUUGCCUGAGCAAGAAGCCCAGCAGGGGAGGAGGAGGAAGAGGAAGGAAGACCAGGAGUCAGGAAUGGCUGUUUCUCAGGACGGCCCUGUUCUGACUGGCCGCGUCUCAAGGACUCAGGAGGAGCAGGUGACCUUCGAGGACGACGUGGCCAUCAGUUUCACUCGGGAGGAGUGGGACUGCCUGGACCCUGCUCAGAGGGCCUUGUACAAGGACGUGAUGCUGGAGACCUACAGGAACCUCAUCGCCGUGGAUCAUCACAGAAUUCAUACUGGAGAGAAACCUUACAAAUGUGUUGUCUGUGGGAAGUUCUUUAAACAAAAAUCAACGCUCACAGUUCAUCAGAGAAUCCAUACUGAAGAGAAAGCUUACAAAUGUAAGGAGUGUGGGAAAACCUUUUGCUACCGCUCGCUCCUCUCAGUACAUCAGAUAACCCAUGCCGGAGCCAGGCCCUAUCAGUGCGAAGUGUGUGGGAGAAACUUUAGCCACAAAUCAUCCCUUGGAGUUCACUGGCGGAUUCAUACCGGAGCAAAACCUUACCAGUGUAACGUCUGUGGGAACUUCUUCAAUAAAAAAUCAAUCCUUACAGAUCAUCACAGAAUUCACACGGGAGAGAAACCUUAUAAAUGCAGUGAAUGCGGCAAGGCCUUCAGUGUUAAAACAUCCCUGGCGUAUCAUCAGAGAGUUCACACCGGGGAGAGACCUUACAAAUGUAAUGAGUGUGGGAAAACCUUUUCCUCUUCCUCCCACAUCAUACGACACAAACUCAUCCACACAGGAGCCAAGCCGUAUAAAUGCAGCAUCUGUGGGAAAGCCUUUCGUCAAAGUUCAAAUCUCUCCAGUCAUCAGAGAAUUCAUACUGGAGAGAAGCCUUACAAAUGUAAAGAGUGUGGGAAAACCUUCUGUUACCGCUCAUUCCUCUCAAUACACCAGAUAACCCACACUGGAGCAACGCCCUCUCAGUGUGAAAUCUGCGGGAGAGACUUUCCUCACAAUUCAGCCCUUGAAGUUCACUGGAGGAUUCAUACUGGAGCGAAGCCUUACCAAUGUAACGUCUGUGGGAAGUUCUUUAAUAAAAAAUCAACCCUCACGACCCAUCACAGAGUGCAUACCGGAGAGAAACCCUACAAAUGCAAUGAGUGUGGCAAGGCCUUUAGUCAGAGUACAAACUUUGCAAGUCAUCGGAGAGUCCACACUGGAGAGAGGCCUUACAAAUGCAGUGCGUGUGGCAAGACCUUUUCUCAUUGCUCCACCUUCAUACAGCAUAAAAUAAUCCACACAGAAGCAAGGCCGUAUAAAUGCGAUGUAUGUGAGAAAGCCUUCCGGCGAAGUUCAGAACUUGGGGUUCAUCAGAGAAGUCAUACUGGAGAGAAACCUUACAAGUGUAAUGAGUGUGGGAAGACUUUCACUCAGUGUUCCUCUUUCAGGCGUCAUCAGAGAAACCACAUAAAGGAGAUAUUACAUAAGUGUGAUGUGUGUUUCAAGGCCUUUAGUAGAAAGUAUUACCUUAAUGUUCAUAAGAAAAUUCACACUGGAGAGAAACGUCAACAAUGUAACGAGGAUGGAAAGAUCCUUCAUCAAAAAAGCCUUUCUGGAUUUCCGGCUGUGGCUCAGCGGUAAUGAACCCGACUCGUAUCUUUGAGGUUGUGGGUUCGGUCUCUGGCCCUGCUUAAUGGGUUAAGGAUCCGGCGUUGCUGUU